UAAUGCCCUCCGUGAUGGAGAAGCCGAGCGCGGGCUCCGGGAUCCUGUCCCGCAGCCGGGCCAAGACGGCGCCCAACGGCGGGCAGCCGCACUCGGAGGAUGACAGCAGCGAGGAGGAGCACUCGCACGACAGCAUGAUCCGCGUUGGAACCAAUUACCAGGCCGUGAUUCCGGAGUGCAAGCCUGAGAGCCCUGCACGCUACAGCAACAAGGAACUGAAGGGGAUGCUGGUGUGGUCGCCCAACCACUGCGUGUCAGAUGCCAAACUUGACAAGUACAUUGCGAUGGCCAAGGAGAAGCACGGCUACAACAUUGAGCAGGCGCUGGGCAUGCUCUUGUGGCAUAAGCACGAUGUAGAGAAGUCACUGGCCGACCUGGCCAACUUCACCCCGUUCCCUGAUGAGUGGACUGUGGAGGACAAGGUGCUGUUUGAACAGGCCUUUGGCUUCCAUGGCAAAUGCUUCCAGCGGAUCCAGCAGAUGCUGCCUGACAAGCUGAUCCCUAGUCUGGUAAAGUAUUACUAUUCGUGGAAGAAGACCCGCAGCCGGACCAGCGUGAUGGACAGACAGGCUCGGCGGCUGGGGGGCCGAAAAGACAAAGAAGACAGUGAUGAGCUUGAAGAGGGACGAGGAGCCGUGAGUGAGGGGGAGCCAGAUGCUGGAGACCCCAAGAGAGAGCCUCUGCCCUCUCGGCCCCUGAAUACCCGCCCAGGCCCUGGGAAGAAGGAGGCCCAGGGGUCUCAGUACCGCCACCACCCGCUGCGAACCCGGCGUCGCCCACCCAAGGGCAUGUACCUGAGCCCCGAGGGCCUCACCGCUGUGUCAGGAAGCCCAGACCUUGCCAACCUCACGCUUCGAGGCCUCGACUCGCAGCUCAUCUCCCUCAAGCGCCAGGUGCAAAGCAUGAAGCAGACCAAUAGCGGCCUCCGCCAGGCGCUGGAGGGUGGCAUCGAUCCACUGCGCCCCCCUGAGGCCAACACCAAGUUCAACUCCCGCUGGACCACGGAUGAGCAGCUCUUGGCCGUGCAAGCCAUCCGUAGGUACGGCAAAGACUUCGGGGCUAUAGCCGAGGUGAUCGGGAACAAGACUCUGACCCAGGUGAAGACGUUCUUCGUGAGCUACCGGCGCCGCUUCAAUCUGGAGGAGGUGCUGCAGGAGUGGGAGGCCGAGCAGGACGGGGCGCCCGGAGCCCCAGUCCCCAUGGAGGAGUCGAGGAGAGGGGCCCCCUUGCCAGCCCCAGCCCUGGAGGAAGACGACGAGGUGCAGAUCACGUCCGUGUCGACAUCCGUGCCCCGAUCGCUACCUCCCGUGCCGCCCCCUCCUCCGCCUCCCACCUCGCUGUCCCAGCCGCCCCCGCUGCUGAGGCCACCUCUGCCUACGGCUCCCACUCUGCUCCGCCAGCCACCCCCGCUCCAGCAGGGCCGUUUCCUCCAGCCCCGGCUGGCCCCCAACCAGCCCCCACCACCUCUCAUCCGCCCGGCUCUGGCUGCCUCCCGCCACAGUGCCCGCCCCGGCCCUCAGCCCCCACCCACCCUGAUUGGAGCCCCGCUGGAGCCUCCAGCACCGUCACUCUGAGCCCUGCGGCCCUCCACCCGCCAGAGGCUCCAGAACCCCGUGGCUGGCCGUCCUUGGACACCUCUGGCUUCACUGAGGACAGAAGGGACUAGAGCCCUUGGCCAGGUCUUUCGAAGACUCGGAGCUGCCAGUGGGCACAGUCUGGACCUCUGGGUUCUGCACUUGUUUCUGGCAGCUGAGGCUCCACCCCCCCCACCCGAGCCUGGAGCCUGGGGCGGGGACUCAGGGGCCUUCUGAACUGGCCUGAGGGUACUUUUCUCUUCCUGGCUGGGGCUGGAAUGGCUGCCUCCUAGUCUGCUGGGGCUGGGCCUUUGGGCCUUGGCCUUCGUGUAGAGGGGGUAGUGACCUUAGCUUGGGGGAUGGGGGAGUGGACAGUGUAGGGGCUGUUCUUCCUCUUUCUUUUAGCAAUAAGUCAGGGUGAGGUGGGGAGGGGGCUGUAGGGGGGAGGCGGGCAGAGGUUCCUUGGGGCCUCAGUGUGGCCGAACUGGAUGGGCAGCUCUCCUGUCUUCCGGAGCUUGCUGGGAAGUGCCAUGGAGCUCUGAAGGUGCCCGCUAUACCCACUGCCCAAAAGCCUAGAGAAAGGAGGGCCGGGGACAUAUGCAGACAUGGGUUUAUUUUUCAAUGUUUUUAAAAAAUAAAUAAAAUCUUCCAAGUUCA